AAACCCUUGCAAAACCCCGCCUUUCGUCUUCACUCUCGAGCUCCUUCAAACGCAGUAGAAGCUGAAAAAUGACGCUUGGAGAAAGGCAAGGAGAUGAGAAAAAUGACUCAAAGUACUGCGGAGUUGAAACGGAGUUCAAUGAUGACAUGCCUCAACUUCUCUCCCUCAACAUUCAUGGAGGAUUCGACUUUGUUGUCGCACCAUUGAUGGAUCCUGCUUACAGGCCUAGUUUACUGGUGAGUAGCAAUGGUGGAUCUGGGGUUCUUCCAUUCGCUGGGUCAGACUUGGUGCUAAGCCCUUCCCAAUGGAGUAGUCAUGUUGUUGGUAAAAUUAGCUCAUGGCUUGACUUGGAUUCUGAAGAUGAAAUGCUUCGGAGGGAUUCUGAGAUUACUUUGAAACAAGAAAUAGCCUGGGCUUCUCACCUUUCACUGCAGGCCUGUCUUCUUCCUGCACCCAAGGGAGUGACCUGUGCUAAUUAUGCUAGAUGUGUGAAUCAAAUUCUACAGAAUCUAAGCAAUAUGCAGUUGUGGCUAAGGAUUCCAUUGGAGAAAUCUGAUGAUGAUGAAGAUAGAAGUCCUAACUCUAUGCAGGGUGAAGAACAUAGAGAUUCAUGGGAAAUGUGGAACUCAUUCCGCACUCUCGGUGAACAUCACAGUCAGCUUUCAGUUGCACUUGAUGUUUUAUCCUCAUUACCCUCUGUGAAUUCACUUGCGCGGUGGUUUGGGGAGCCUGUUAGAGCUGCUAUAAUUAAUUCCAAUUCUUUUCUCACCAAUGCCCGUGGCUACCCCUGUUUGUCAAAACGACACCAAAAUCUAUUGACGGAUUUUUUCAACCACUCAAUUCAGAUAGUCAUCUCUGGACAGCAAAUGCAGAAUUUCCCUACGGGAACUUCAGUGUCAAAUUCUCACAGUAGUAAUAAUCAAAGUGAGGGUGUUGAGGGCAUGCAGCGACAUCCGCUAAGGUCAUACCUGGACUACAUUGCUUAUUUAUACCAGAAGAUGGAUCCACUUCCUGAACAAGAACGCUUUGAGCUUGGUUAUAGGGAUUACUUACAGUCUCCCUUACAGCCUCUCAUGGACAAUUUGGAGGCCCAAACUUAUGAAACAUUUGAGAAAGACACGACCAAGUACAUACAGUAUCAAAGAGCAGUUGCGAAAGCUUUAGUGGACAGGGUUCCAGAUGAAAAGGCAUCUACAAUCACUACUGUCUUGAUGGUUGUUGGGGCUGGACGUGGGCCUCUUGUCAGAGCUUCAUUGCAGGCUGCUGAAGAGACUGGACGCAAGUUGAAAGUUUAUGCUGUCGAGAAAAAUCCAAAUGCAAUCGUCACCCUACAUAGCUUACUAAAGAUUGAGGGCUGGGAAAAACUUGUCACCAUAGUUUCAAGUGACAUGCGCUGCUGGGAUGCUCCCGAGAAAGCUGAUAUUUUGGUUAGUGAAUUGCUUGGGUCAUUUGGAGACAAUGAGCUGUCACCUGAGUGUCUUGAUGGUGCUCAAAGAUUCCUGAAAGAAGACGGAAUUUCAAUUCCAUCAUCGUAUACAAGUUUUUUCCAGCCUGUGACUGCUUCCAAAUUAUACAAUGAUAUUAAAUCUCACAAAGAUCUUGUGCACUUCGAAACUGCUUAUGUUGUCAAGUUCCACCGUGUAGCAAGGCUUACUUCUCCUCAACCAGUCUUUACAUUCAAUCAUCCGGAGGACUCAAAUAGGAAAAGCAAUCACCGGUAUACAAAGCUACGAUUUGAGAUACCCACUGACACUGGAUCAGCCCUGGUUCAUGGUUUUGCUGGUUAUUUUGAUGCUGUACUUUACAAAGAUGUUCAUCUUGGUAUUGAACCAUCAACAGCAACACCUAACAUGUUCAGCUGGUUCCCUAUAUUUUUCCCAUUGCGAACACCUAUGUGUGUUCAACCGGGCAUUCCUCUAGAAGUUCAUAUUUGGCGUUGUUGUGGUACUUCAAAGGUUUGGUACGAGUGGGGCGUGACUUCUCCCAGCUCAUCUCCUAUACACAACUGCAAUGGUCGCUCAUACUGGGUUGGAUUGUAAGAGUUUCUUCAGUGUGUUUUGAGCUUUCGAGAUAGCAUGACGUGAUAUUGAACUUGAAAUGAGUAACAAGUCUAAUGUUGCUUGUUAAAACUGUCGUAAUCAUGGCUUCGUAUCGCUCAUCUUUCGAUUGAAAGUUGCUGGAAAUUCCAACUGGUGCUCAACAUGCCAAAUUGAUUGUCUGUGCACUUCAUGGUGCUUUAAAUUUUUUCAGUAGAAAUUUUGUAGAGUUUAGGUUCAGAUAAACCUUAAAACUGCUGUAGUAAAAAUAAUCCUUUUCUUUUAAUGAAUGUAGUUUGGUUUGUGCUAUAUGUGAUCCUUUUUUUUUUUUAAUGUAAAAUCCUACAGACAUAUUGUCAGUCAUCACCAUUAUCGAUUAUCAUUAAAAAUUUUGA